ACAGACAACACGACGGAGAGAAUAUCCCCAAUUAUUCCCCCAAACCCCAAACAAGUGACAACAUCACACACACACACACACACACAUACAUACAAACAAAUAUAUACAUACAUCCUGCAACUGAUGAAUUGGCCAUGACCCUCUUUCAUUUCUGUCACAACUUAGAUUCCAAAGCAAAAUUCUACUCUCAAACCCCAUUUGCCUUUCUUGAGGAAUUUUUUUGCCUUUCUAUUCUAUUCUAUAAUUCUAUUCUGGUUGUUUUCUCCUUCAAUUCUGACUGAUCAAACAUCAUUUCAACGCGUAGUAUGAAAUUCGGGAAAGAAUUCAGGAUACAUUUGGAAGAAACCCUACCGGAAUGGAGGGACAAGUAUUUGUCCUACAAGCCCUUGAAGAAGCUCCUCAAGAAUAUUCCCGCGCCCGCUGCUCAUAACCUGCCGCCGGAGGGCUCCUUGCCUGAGCUUCAUGAGUGGUUUGUGGGGAUUCUCAACGAGGAGCUUGAAAAGUUCAACGAUUUCUACGUCGACAAGGAGGAAGAAUUUGUCAUCCGCUUCCAGGCACUAAAGGAAAGAAUUGAGCGUGUAAAGCUGAGGGGAAAUAAUGAUGUGAUGUUUACCUCAGAGACCGAAUUUAGUGAAGAGAUGAUGGAAAUACGCAAGGACUUUGUUGCAAUUCAUGGGGAGAUGAUCCUUCUCAAACACUACAGCUCCCUAAACUUUGCAGGUCUUAUUAAGAUUUUGAAGAAAUAUGACAAAAGAACAGGGGAAUUGUUGAGUCUACCUUUUACUCAGCUUGCUGUUCACCAGCCCUUCUUUACAACUGAACCUCUCACGAGAUUGGUUCGUGAGUGUGAGGCAAAUCUUGAGGACCUGUUUCCAUCGGAAGCAGAGGUUGUCGAGUCUACCUCUGUUGAACAGAACCAGGCAGGAACAACUCAUGCUGACAUAUCAAAUGCUCCCCCCAAGACAACAUUGUCACUUGGGGACGAAACUAUAGAUAUAUACAGGAGCACCCUUGCUGCAAUUAGAGCUAUACAGGGCCUUAAGAAGGCAAGCUCUACCUAUAAUCCUAUGUCGUUGUCUUAUAUCUUCGGAAACCAAGAUACUGAAAGUACAGGUGCAGUAACAGCAGAAAACUCACCUUCUGACUCUUUCACAACCUUGCAUAAAGGAGAUGAUGCAAAUGAAGAUGUUCAUUCCCCCAAGUGAACUAACUACACUUUUGUUUAGCUAUUGGUCCUUCCUCUCGCAUAUCUACUGUUUGCUUAUGUGGCAGCUAAAAAUAAGAAUGUUGUACGAUAUGGUGUGUAAUAAGCUACCAACAGAUGUAACACAAAUCAUAAAUUUUCUUUUUCCUUCGAUGUAUAAUUGAUCUAAUAUAACCCACAUGGAUAUACACAAUAACUUUGAUGAAUGAGAGUUUCUGAUUUGGUAA